GCCGCGGGCCGGCGCGGCGAGUCAGAUCCGGACGCGCACCCGUACAGGACACGAGAGAUGCUGCUCGCUGCUGUCUGCUUGCUGCUGCUGUGGCAGGCGGCCGUGCUGCGGCCUCUGAGAGCCGCGCCGGACGGCGAGAACAUGACCGUGUGUUACGAGCCGUACGGAUGCUUCGACAACUUCUACCCUUGGCGCGACGUGAACCGGCCAAUCAGCUACCUGCCCGAGGACCCCGAGAAGAUCCAUGCCAACUUCUGUCUCCUCACGAGGAGGAACAGCAACAGGUGUCAGUAUCUCUCGGCGAGCGACCCCAACACACUCUACCGGGCGAACGUGAACCAGCACGACUUCACCUACGUCAUAUGCCACGGCUACGUCGAGAACGGACGGAAAUCCUGGAUCAAGGCGCUGGCGGGCGAGCUGCUGAAGAACAGGGAUGCCAACGUGAUCCUGGUGGACUGGGGCGAGGGCGCGAAGCCGCCCUACACGCAGGCCGUGGCCAACACCAGGCUGGUGGGCGCCGUGCUGGCCCAGCUGCUCGCCAGCCUCCGGAUCGUGGGCGUCAGCAGCAGCGCAGUGCACUUCAUCGGCCACAGCCUGGGGGCACACAUCGGCGGGUACGCCGGCCUCAGACUGCAGACUCAGCACGACCUCAGGCUGGGCAGGAUCACAGGUCUGGACCCGGCGGCCCCGCACUUCGCCGGCACGGCCCCGGAGGUGCGCCUCGACCCCAGCGACGCCGACUUCGUGGACGUCAUCCACUCCGACACCUCCAAGUUCAUCACCGGCGGUUUCGGCAUGAGCGAGCCGUGCGGACACGUGGACUUCUACCCGAACGGCGGCGAGAACCAGCCGGGCUGCGACGAGAGCAUCGGCUCCUACUUCAACCUGGGCGCCGGCUUCGUGGAAGGCAUCCGCCGGCUGAUCGGCUGCAACCACAUCCGCAGCUACGAGUACUUCACGGAGUCGGUGAACCCGUGCGCCAAUUGCUCCUUCCUGGCGGCGGAGUGCGGCAGCUGGGAGGAGUACCGGGCCGGCGGGUGCUUCCCCGGCCCCCGCGGGGGCGGCGAGGCGCCCAUGGGCCUUCGCGCCGACGCGUGGCUGCGGGGGCGGGACCUGCCGCCUCCGCGGCGGGGAGUCAAGCUGUUCCUCGCGACGGGGGGCUCGCCGCCGUACUGCAGGUCGCAGUACCUGGUGCGCUUCCAAGUGUCCUGCUCGGAGCGCAGCGUGAAGCACAACGGCGAGGUGGGCGUGCUUCGGCUCACCGUCCACGGAGACAGCGGCAACACCGCCAGCAUCCGCCUCUUCGAGACGGGCCAGUACUUCGCGCCGGGCUCCGCGCACCAGGUGCUGGUGCCCGCCGGCUAUGUCGGCAACAUCACGGCGCUGACGCUGGAGUGGGAGUACCAGACGUCCUUGUUCAACCUGCUGUCGUGGCGCAUCAUCACCACGCCGCGCAUCUACAUCGACUGGCUGUCCGUCGAGAGCCUCGGGCCGCACCGCUCCAGCUUGAAGGUGUGUCCCCCGGAGGACACGGCCCUCAUCGCCCAGAUACCCGCCAAGCUGUCCGGCUGCUCCAGGGAGACCCGGGACUGCCGCAGGAGCAGGGACGGCAUCAGCUACCGGCCAUGACGACCCCGUCUCUCCUGGGACACCGUUCCUUUGUUUGUUUUUUUGUUUUUUUACACUGCGCCAUUCUUACUUGUGUACAAAGACUGACUGAUUUGUCGUAUUUAUUUUUUGUAAAUAAACUUUUUUUCCAUUUA